AUGGAGGGCCAUGUCAAGCGCCCCAUGAAUGCAUUUAUGGUGUGGUCCCGUGGAGAGAGGCGCAAGUUGGCUCAACAGAAUCCCAGCAUGCAGAAUUCAGAGAUCAGCAAGCAGCUGGGAUAUCAGUGGAAAAGCCUUACAGAAGCCGAAAAAAGGCCCUUUUUCCAGGAGGCGCAGAGACUGAAGACCCUACACAGAGAGAAAUAUCCAAACUAUAAAUAUCAGACUCAUCGAAGGGUUAAAGUGCCACAGAGGAGUUAUACUUUGCAGCGUGAAGUUGCCUCAACAAAACUGUACAACCUGUUGCAAUGGGACAACAACCUACACACUAUCAUAUACGGACAGGACUGGGCUAGAGCUGCACACCAGUCCUCCAAGAACCAGAAAAGCAUUUAUUUACAGCCUGUGGACAUCCCCACUGGAUACCCACUACAGCAGAAACAGCAGCACCAGCAGCAGCAGCACGUGCACCUGCAGCAGCAGCAGCAGCAGCAGCAGCACCAGUUCCACUAG